AUGUGGAGCGGUUUCGAUCGUUGCAGUUCGCGCGGCGUCGAUAUACAAAGCACCAACAAUGCUGGCAGUAGUCAACAGGAGACUUUGGCUGAAAUCGAACACAUAUCAACGAUAGCAGGCUCACUGGUAUCAAUUGCUUCCAUAUCACAUACACACACUCAAGUACGUUAUCAAUGCACAAAUGAUGCUGGCUAUGAAACAGAACACACUUCGCUUAAUUCGGACUUUGAUGAGGCGGAGCUGCGCAGGGAAUUGCUGCGUGAUAAAUGGAAAUGGCUGUUUGAUAUGUUUGAUCCCGAGGGUUUUGGUGAGAUACCCGUCGACGACUUUGUAAAGGCGUUAAAAUCUCCCGAAUUCUUAUCACAAGUGCCUAUGAAUAAACGAGAAUUGCUACACGAACGCACGAAAAAGGCGCGAUUGCCAACUGGACCGGGAUAUGUCACCUUUCAGGAUUUUGUAAAUGUG